AUGAAUCUAAACGAGUCAAACGAGGGUUCAUUGCCAAUCACAGAAUCUUCUCAGGAAUGGCACAUCCUUAAUCUUCUCAGGGUAGGAGAAAGGGAGCUUUUCGAAACAAAUCUUCAAGAAUUUAGAAAAAUACAGCUGACUGAAUCGCAAGAUGGGAAGGUUAGACUGUGUAAACUGAUAAACGAAGUGCUGAGACUGGAUCCCCAGUAUUCGAUCAUACUAGUGGAGGACCUGUCACACCUCUUCAACGACUCGAACUUCGUAGUGCAAAAGCACGCGCUCUUCUCAAUCACGAGUUGCCUGAACAUCCUGAUCAGCUACAUAGUGGCCUCGAACGCACUGGUGCAGAAUCUCAAAGAAUUCGGACCAGUGGAAGCAUAUAAAACGAACCACAUGGGCAGGUGCAGAAGCACGCAAACGAGAGUAGGAGCAAAGGGGUCAGAAGAGACCACAGGAGUGAGCACGCAGGGAAAGAAUGAAGGGGAGAACGAAGAUAUCAGCGAUAAGCUGCCUUUCGCAGAGGAUAACCUGAGAGUUCUCGAAAGCUUCUCAGACCUGGCCUGCAUAAGGUUCAUCGCACACAUAAGGCUGCUGGAGGAGACCUUCGCAGACGUAAAGUACAAAUCGCUGCACAGCCUGCACUACCUAAUACACACGAGGAACAGGUUGUACUCAGUGAACACGCUGAAGCUGUUGUUCUACGAGCUGGCAAACUACCCGAAUUACCUGUGCAGACAGUGCACGGAAAACACACACGAGGACGGAGCCACGGACAACAGUAAAGGUAAACCUGGGAAGGACGCGAAGAAUGGCGCUGAAAGCACGGAGGAGGGAAGCUUUGAUAUGUACGAUACACUGUAUAAAUGGCACAAGGAGUCAGUGCAGCUGCUACAGUAUUUGAUAUCGUCGUACCUGGACUACAAGAAAAAGAAAGAAGCGACCGUCGAAAGCGGAAUCAUUAACAGUAACGAAAACACUAGGACUACAGCUAAUAACAGCAACGAAAACACUAGGGCUACAGCUAAUAACAGUAAAGGUGAAAAGGAAAACGUGGAUGAGAGUGGUGGGAGUAGUAAAAGUGAGCCAAAGUUGGUGGGAUGCAUACUGAGUAGCGAAGUGGCGUCAUGCCUAAUUAGCUUCUACCCAGAUUACUAUUUCAACGAGUUCGUGGACUUUUUAGUGCCGCUGCUGAAGACGGAGCACGCAGCGGUGUUCGAGAACAUCCUAUUCAGAAUAUUCGCAAGCAGCAGCUGCAUAAAAUACCACCACGUGCUGCUGGAGAAGGUUAACAAGCAAGGAUAUAACCUGGACCUGAAGGAAGUAUAUAAGCUGGUGCAGUCGCUGCCGUCAAGACAAAGAGAGAUGGAGAGAGGAAGCAUGGUGGUGGUGGAAAGGGAAGAAGUGCACGACAAGAACAAGCUCUUCGACAUCACAGAUAAGCUCGUAAGCAGUUUAGAAGUGGAAGUGGACGUUAAACUGAGUGAAUACCCAGCAGCACAGCUGUUCGAGUUCGACAAGGAGCUGGUAAAAAACUACAGAAAGAUUAAAAACACGCAAAUUAAAAUUAACAGGAAUUUCUACAAACAUAAGCCAGCAGACUUAACGCAAAUACUGUACCCAUCACCAUACAAAGAUUAUGAGCAAUUGGAAAGUGAAGGAAAGAGAAAGGGGAAGGCAGGUGAGCGGUAUAAACAAGAGCACGAAAAUAAAAUUAACACUGGUGUUUACACUGGUGUGGCCGCAGAGGUAGCAGCCGGUUUCGAGGGUCAGCAAGAGCACGGGAGAGUUAACGAGGGCUUUGAAUCGCAAAGGGGCCUGGAAAGGAGAACCAAAGAACUUAAAAUAGUAACAGACGAGGUGAUAGCACAAAAUGAAAAACUGUUCGUGAGGCUGGUGGGAAGCCAGAUGGUGGACACAGUGGCGACCUACAAGAGGUUCCUGAGGUUCGAAGUGGUCGCACAGAAGCAGGGACACUUCGACGCAUUCUCGAAGCUGGUGCUGAACCAUUGCCUCCUCUCGAACCUGGUGGAGUUCGAAAACAGCAAGGAGGUGAUGUGCACCCUGCUGAAUCACAUGGCGGAGCACAUACUGGUUAACGACGCAGACAUGACCCACUUUAGACAAAACGAAGAUUUUGGAGAAGUAACCUACGGACUAAGAGCACUGUUCAUGUACGUAAACCAGGUGAGAGAGGUGAGUCUGUUCGUAAAGUACCUUAACAGACUUAACGACCUGGUGGUCUACUCGUACACGACGAACCUGGCGAAGUCGCUGGUGACGUAUCGGAGCGUCACGGGAGAAGGCGACGACCACCACAUGAAGGUGUACGAAAGCUUCGUCAACCUGGCGCUCUCGUACGUCUGCGCACACCUGUCGGAAAUGGACGAGUACGGAGACUUCUGCGUGCACGCUCUCUCGAAGUUCGUGCUUAACCUGCCGAAGGUGCCGAGCAGAAUCGCGGACCUGAUCGUGCUCUGGGUUAACUCGAACAAACAGGGCAACGUGAAGCUGGCGUUCUCGCUGGUGUCGAACCUGCUGAAGCUGUCGGAGACCGUGACGAGAGUUAACUUCGAAAGCGUCCUGGGAAGAGACCACUACAAGUACACCUCGAACCUGUCCUUCGUAAGAAGGUCAAUCUUCGUGGUAUUCCUGACCUGCAUAACGAGCGAAAAGGAGACGGUGUCGGAGCUGUUCCUGAAGCUGAUAUCGUCACAGAAGGGGCUAUACAAAAACAAUAACAACUACACGCUUAAGUCGCAGGAGGCGCUCCACGAGGAGUUCCUGAAAGAGCUGGAGAAGGCUAGGAGCGAUAAGGCGUCGAAGGGCGAAGAGGAAGAAGACAUGUACGACGACUGUGUGUACCUGUCGACGAGACCCCUGUGGCAGUGGCCGACGCGUUUAGUGGAGCUUUUGCGUAAAACGGGGAAGUACAAGUCGCUGAUGGAGUUGACGGAAGAGGAAGGAGAAAAUGGGAGUGGUGAAGACACGAACGAGGAGGGCGAAGAGGAGGUGAACGAAGACAUAGGAGCAUGGAUAGAGGAGAGCGUGACGCUUAUGUCGCUACCAAACAGACUUAAAACGAGCACGUUCAUAGCAACCACAGCAAGUAACCUGGCUACCACGAGUAAAAGGAAAGGAAUGGGCAUUCUAAGGCACAGCCACGGAAGGGGAGACGACGAAGAAGAGUCGGAGAUGGACGUGGACGAUGGCGCCUAUGAGGCUGCCCCCGAAGGUGACGCUGAAGAGGCAGGGGAAGAUGCCCUCAAGUGUGUGUACUACGAGCCGCUGCUUGCGUGCUGCAGCAAAAACAGCAGGCUCGUGUUUAGGCUGGCGGACCUGGCUAGCAAGUGCGUGGGCAGCGAGUUCUACGUGCGGUGUUCGCAAACGCUUUCAAAGUACCCGAAGGAGCUGCAGCUGCUGAUCAAGUACGGUGAAGAGUACUCGGAGCUAGUCGAAAGCGCGUUGAAGGACACGAGGAAGAGGUGGAGCGACCUGAUGUUUAAGUACGACGAAAGAAGUAAUCUGGACAAGGAGCUGAUGCUGCUGCUGAUCAGAAAUAUGCAGAGCGUGCCUGAGUACCUGAUACAAAUGGCGCCGUUCCUGUCGCCAGCACAGCUGGACACACUGAUGGUCUUCCUGUUCAGAAGAUACGAAAAGGAAAAGCUGGUAAAGAUACUGGACAUAAUCAUAGAGACGCCGAAGGUGGCGCUGCCGCAGCACUUUUUGUACUCGACCUACAACUUCCAAGUGGCCUCAACAGCAACCUCGGACAAGGAGAGAGACUACAUGAAGCUGCAGGUGAGUCUGCUGGACACGUGCAUCACCUACUGCACGCACGGCAAGUUCUCAGUGGAGUCGGCGAUCUCCUCGCUGUACCUGAUCGUGGAGUCGUUCGAAAACAUCAACUUCGUCUUCGGAAGACUCCUCUGCCAGUUCGUGCAGAAGAUACCGCUCACGCGCAAGGUGGUGGUGGACGUGAUCUUCCCGAAGCUGAUUCAGAGGCAGUGCUGGCAGGACAAGCAGCUCUUCAAGGGCGUGGUCCUGAGCAUCUGCACGCUCUGGAACCAGUUCAAGGACCAGCUGAUGAGGUACGCGGCGGAGAUGCCGAGCAGCAGCUCGAAGAUGGUGCUGAGGGCGCUCCACAGCCAGCACAACCUGGCGGAGUACGCGAGGACGGCGACCGUGCCGCCGAACAUGAAGGAGCUGCUCGAGGAGGUGGUGGCGAGCACGCAGAGCAGGGCAGGGUGA